AUGCCACAGAACGAGCAUAUUGAUUUGCAUCGCAAACGCCAUGGAUACAGACUUGAUUACCAUGAAAGGAAGCGAAAAAGGGAGGCACGUGAGCCGCACGACAGAGCAUUAAAGGCCAGAAAGAUGCGCGGUCUGAAAGCUAAGAUAACUAGCAGGGAGCGAUUUAAGGAAAAGGUUCAGAUGAAGAAAACGAUUCGUAUGCAUGAAAUGCGGAACGUCAAACAAAAGGCUGGAGAGGCCGGUGGCUCUGGUGAUAAGCCCGUUUAUUUGCUUGACCGUGAAGAACAGAAUAUGUCAAAAAUCCUCUCUAACACGGUUAAACAAAAACGGGCUGAAAAGGCCGGUAAAUGGCAAGUUCCUUUGCCAAAAGUACGCACAGUUUCCGACGCGGAGGCAUUUCGGGUGGUAAAAUCUGGGAAGUCGAAGCGGAAGGCUUGGAAACGUUUGGUCACCAAGAUGUGUUUUGUUGGAGACAACUUUACUAGGAAGCCGCCCAAGUUUGAGCGCUUCAUCCGCCCAAUGGCCAUGCGUGCCAAACGCGCUAAUGUUACCCAUCCAGAGUUAAAGACAACAUUCUGUUUGCCCAUUAUCAGCGUUAAGAAGAAUCCAAGCUCCCCACUCUACACUAGUCUUGGCGUUCUCACUAAAGGAACAAUCAUAGAAGUUAACGUGAGUGAAUUGGGACUUGUGACACCUGGCGGUAAGGUUGUGUGGGGCAAAUACGCUCAGGUAACGAACAACCCCGAAAACGAAGGUUGUGUCAACGCCGUCCUGAUCGUCUAA